AUGGGCCCAGCCUUCAUUGCAGGCGACUAGUGCAGACUCCUGUGGUGAUGCCUUGCCCAACCUCAUGGGGCCAGUGAAGCCAGUAGCUGAAUGUAGGGAACGCUGGGAAUGAGCAGGGAGGGGAACGCUUUCUCUUGGGAAGGGAGGAGUCAUGUCUUGGAGCUAUGUAGCAGGUCCUAGUGGCUGGCUUGUCCAAGGCCAUCCAUGGGCUAAUGGGAAUGCUCCUGCCCAGCCUUCUUGAGUCCUAGGGAGGUAGAGGCCUCUGCUGAGAAGAAAGCUAACCCUACGUGUACUAUGUCAAUAAGACUGACAUUGUGGACUUUCCCCGCUUUCGUUAUCGAGGCUUGCUGCUGGACACCUCUCGCCACUAUCUGCCUGUGGGAACCAUCCUUGAGACACUGGAUGUCAUGGCAUAUAACAAACUAAAUGUAUUUCACUGGCACAUCGUGGAUGACCCCUCCUUCCCAUAUGAGAGCGCAACUUUCCCAGAGCUCAGUGAAAAGGGGGCCUACAAUCCCAUCACCCACGUGUACACACCAAAUGAUGUGAAGCUGGUGAUUGAACACGCUCGGCUCAGGGGGAUCAGAGUGAUACCUGAGUUUGACACGCCUGGCCACACACUAUCUUGGGGGCCAGGUGCUCCUGGCUUGCUAACUCCCUGCUACAUAGGCUCAAAACCCUCUGGGGCCUACGGGCCUGUGAACCCCAUCCUCAACAGCACCUACCAGUUCAUGGCCGUGCUCUUUAAGGAGGUCAGCAACGUGUUCCCAGACUUCUACCUUCACCUUGGUGGCGAUGAGGUUGACUUUACAUGCUGGAGGUCAAAUCCUGAAAUCCGUUCCUUCAUGUGGCAGAUGGGGUUUGGCCACGACUACACUAAAUUGGAAUCUUUCUAUAUUCAGAGGCUGCUGGAUAUUGUUUCCUCCUAUGGCAAGGGCUAUGUGGUGUGGCAGGAGGUGUUCGAUAAUGGCGUGAAGGUGAAGCCAGACACCAUCAUCCAUGUGUGGAAGGAAGGCGCUGUGCCAUACCAGCACAAGAUGGCUCAGGUCACCAAAGCUGGCUACAGGGCUCUGCUCUCAGCCCCCUGGUACCUCAACCGCAUCUCGUAUGGGCAGGACUGGCUGACGGCCUACAAGGUGGAGCCUUUGGAGUUUGCAGGUAGCUCUGAGCAGAAGGCCCUGGUGAUUGGUGGAGAGGCCUGCAUGUGGGGCGAAUAUGUGGAUGUAACUAACCUGACCCCCCGACUCUGGCCGAGAGCUGGGGCUGUAGCUGAGAGACUGUGGAGCAAUGAGACAGUGAGAGAUCCGCAGGAUGCAUAUUACCGGCUGGCAGACUUUCGCUGCAAGCUACUCAGGCGUGGCAUCCAGGCUGAGCCCCUCUACGUAGGUUACUGUGAUCAUGAAUACAGCGGGUUCUGAGUGGAGGGUUCUGAGUGGAGGGCACUGCAUUCCUUGCUGCAUUGUCCCAAGUGCACUGAUCUCUAAGGAAAUUUGCUGGCCUCUGUAUGUGAGAGGGAAUCCCUGUUGUUCUUGUUCUGUUGUAAUGAGCUGAUGUAGAUGCUCUUUGCCUCUCUUAUUUCUGUUUUCUUUACACUUUAAAUCUUAUAAAGAAUAAGUCCAAAGAGGGAAGAUGCCUUCUCAUCCUCUGCCUGUGCCAUGGCAGGCUUUGUAAGGGAGCUUCUCUGUCUCCCAUUGUCAGAGUAUCUCUUUGGGAUCAACUUUGUCAUGGCAGCAGGGUUUCACAGGACUUGGUCUGCAGAAAGGUAAUUUCCUGGCCACUAGAGGACAAGCCCUGGCUGGGUCUGAAGUGCUGGUUGUUGACACCUUACCUUUUGGUAGUCCAAGUGAGUGCCUUUUGCUGUGGAGGCUAGAGGACAUAUAUAUGUGUGGUGCUGCUUGAGGCACUUCUUGCAUGUCCUCUUCUCCUUAACCAGUUUAGAAGGUCUUGCAGACUGCCCUGCCUCUGCCAUUACUAGUGACUUAGAACAGCUCCCUUCUUCUCUACCUCCAUGGUUCCCUACCCCUAGAAGCAGAGGCUUCAGCUCAGGGUUUGGCAGCUUCUGCCUGCCAUGACUGCUUAUGGUGCUGUUGCUAAGUAGCUAGCCUGUCCUGGCUUGUACGUGCUUAGCUCUGGAUGUACAUGCUUAGCUCUGUUAUUAGUGACUGAUCUAUAUCUGUAGCUCAAACUCAGUCUUUCAGUGGGGAGGGACAAAAGGGUCUGACCAGAUGAGUAUGGUGACAUUGUGGGGGAGGUAUGGCAUCUAUAGUCCUAGAGGAGCUCAAGGUAAAUCUCAAGCAACUAGGUUUUGUUUUUUUUAACCAUGGUCACCUAACACACAAGUACGUAGGAUUGGAAGGUGGUUUCUGGGCUUUUUAGUCCAGUCCCCUAUGUUAGCAUCAUACUAUACACAUGCUGGACUGUGGGUUUACCACAUGACAAAAACCCACCUAUUCCCCCUAGGGAGGCCCCACCAUAGAAGUGCAGAAGAGAACAUUACACUAAUGUGUAAACCAGAAGUGUCAGGCAGCAACUGCCAGGCUGCUCCCUCCUGUCCUUGCUCAGUUCUUUUUAUUUUCUCAUAAAGGUCCUGCCUGCA